AUGAAGACCUCCGCCGUCCUUGCUGGCACCAUUGCUGGCGCCGCCAUGGGCACCAUUGCGCCCAAGAACGUCAUCUUUGUGGUCCCCGAUGGCUUGGCGCCUGCCUCGUCAACCAUUGCCCGUACCUACCUGGCCAUGGCGGAGGGCGACUCCACGCCCAGCAACCCUGGUAUCAUGCCCAUGCUUCCCGUGGACGCUCUGGCCAUUGGAAACACCUUUACCCACUCCGCCAACAGCCUGGUGACCGACUCUGCCGCCGCUGGCACUGCUCUGGCCACCGGCCACAAGACUGGCAACGGAAUCUUGGGUCUUCUCCUCGAUGGCCAGCCCGUCGGCAGCAUCCUUGAGUCCGCCAAGCUCCACGGCUGGAAGACUGGUCUCGUCGUCACCUCGCCCAUCUCCCACGCGACCCCCGCCGCCUUCUCGUCGCACGUCCAGGACCGCAACAACUUCAACAGCAUUGCCGAACAGCAGAUUGGUUUCAGCCACCCUCUCAACCAGAGCGUCGAUGUCAUGCUCGGUGGCGGUCGCUGCAACUUUUGGCCAAACACCCACAGCGACUCCUGCCGCGAGGACAAGAUCGAUCUCUUCGGCUUUGCGAAGGAGCAGGGCUACUACGUGGCCCAGAACCGCUCCCAAUUUGACGACAUUGAGCUCGGCAAGGGUGAGAUUCGUCUCCCAAUCCUCGGUCUCUUCAACGACGCCGACCUUCACUACGAGGCCGACCGCAAGGAGCAGGAUGAGGAUGUGCGUGAGCCCUCUCUGUCUGAGAUGACGGAGACCGCACUCAACGCUCUCCACCGCGCUACCCACUGCAAGGACAAGGGCUACUUCAUGAUGAUCGAGGCCUCGCGCAUCGACCACGCCAGCCAUGCCCACGACGCCAACGCCCACCUGUGGGAUGUGCUCGAGUACAACAAGGUCAUUGAAAUAGUCACCCAAUGGAUUGACGAGCACCCCGACACUGCCAUGAUCUCGGUCGCCGACCAUGAGACCGGCGGCAUCACCCUGCCUGGUGGCUGGGACCCACGUAAGCUCAUCGGCUCCAAGCACAGCGCUCCGAUGCUCGCGGAGCAGUACGCCGCCUACGAGGGCGACGACAAGGACGCCUUCUUCCGCGAGGAGAUCAUGGCCCCGUACGGUCUGGGCGAUGUCUCUGACAGCGACUUGGCCGAGCUCAAGUCGGGCGACGUCGGUGCCAACCUGGCCGAGUUCCUCUCUGCGCGUGCUGGCAUCAAGUGGUCCACUGGCGGCCACAGUGGUGUGGACACCACCCUCUACGCCUACGCUGCUGGCGAGAUGGGCGAGCAGCUCAAGGUCGACCUCGCUGGUGCCCACGACAACACGGAUAUCCCCAAGUAUCUCGAGGAGGCCAUGGGUUUGGACCUCGAGGAGGUGACCGAGCUCCUCCGCGAGAACUGGUAG